GCCGGGACAGCGCCGGCCCGACCUGCGGCGGCCGCUGCCCGCUGGAGCCUCUCCGGGACAGAUCAGUUAUUUCAAGAUGUUUUUCAUGCUGUGAGCCUGGUGUGGGAGAAGAAUAUCUAUGGAAUUAAUUCAGCUGGAUUGAAAGUGAAUCAGAAUGGCUGCUGUCAUCUCAGAUAGUCCUCCGAACCCAAGCUGCAAAAUCAUGACUUUUAGGCCUUCAAUGGAUGAAUUCAGGGAAUUCAACAAAUACUUAGCGUACAUGGAAUCACAGGGUGCUCAUAGGGCUGGAGUUGCAAAGGUUAUCCCACCAAAGGAGUGGAAGCCAAGAAAACAUUAUAAUGAUAUUGAAGAUUUGGUGAUUCCUGCUCCAAUUCAACAGAUAGUCACUGGCCAGUCGGGGCUUUUCACACAGUACAACAUUCAGAAAAAGCCCAUGACAGUGAAGGAGUUCAAGCAGCUGGCCAACAGUGACAAAUACUGCACCCCAAGAUACACAGAUUAUGAAGAUCUGGAGCGUAAAUACUGGAGGAACUUGACUUUUGUGGCACCAAUUUAUGGAGCAGAUAUCAAUGGGAGCAUUUAUGAUGAAGGUGUUAAGGAAUGGAAUAUUGCCCAUCUUAAUACAAUAUUGGAUGUUGUAGGAGAAGAGUGUGGAAUUUCUAUCGAGGGUGUAAAUACACCAUAUCUGUAUUUUGGCAUGUGGAAAACGACAUUUGCAUGGCACACUGAAGACAUGGAUCUCUACAGUAUUAAUUAUCUCCAUUUCGGGGAGCCAAAGUCAUGGUAUGCUAUUCCUCCGGAGCAUGGGAAACGGCUUGAAAGACUGGCUCAAGGUUUCUUCCCGAGCAGCUCUCAAGGAUGUGAUGCUUUUCUUCGCCACAAGAUAACUCUGAUUUCUCCAUCAAUAUUGAAAAAUUAUGGAAUUCCUUUUGGCAAGGUUACACAAGAGGCAGGAGAAUUUAUGAUCACUUUCCCAUAUGGAUACCAUGCAGGAUUUAACCAUGGAUUUAACUGUGCAGAGUCAACAAACUUUGCCACCAUUCGAUGGAUUGAUUAUGGGAAAGCAGCAAAAUUGUGCACUUGUAGGAAAGACAUGGUGUCAAUAUCCAUGGAUAUCUUUGUGAGGAAGUUUCAACCAGACAGGUACCGGCUGUGGAAACAAGGCAAGGAUUUAUAUACCAUUGAUCAUACGAAACCAACACCUGAAUCAACACCUGAAAUAAGGACCUGGCUACAGAGAAGAAAGAAAAUACAGAGCUUUCCGAAGAGCUCCCAGCACCCCAGAUCUCGAUCUAGAAAGCUUAAAACUCCAGAGGACAAGAGAGUAUCUGCUGAUGCAGAAAUCAUCGUGACUGAAGCAGCUACUGCUGGCUUCAAGGUCAGUGAAGAACCUGAAAAAAAAGGGAGAGUGAUAAACACAGGAGUGCCUUCUGGGGAAGAAGAAAACAGUAGUAGAAUGCAGCUGGAUCAACAUUUGUUGGAUCAUGUCAAGGUUGCAGGAAGCCUCACUUCAGACUCAGUUUUGAACCCUAUUCCUGUAAAAGAGAGAACAAAAAUGGAAGAUGAGGACAUACAGUACCAUAAAGCAGAGGGACAAACUGCUGAAGCAGAAAAUCCAGAUAAACAGCAAAGUGUCUUGAUAGAGGAUGAUAUCAGCAACUUAGAAAGCUGUGGAAGUAGUUUGAAACAUGAAGAAGUGCCCGUUGUAAAAAAGGAUGAAGAAGAUGGCAUGGAAACAUGUAGUUCAGAGGAAGUUGCAAGAAAGAACAUAUCUAAGAGUUGGCGUCAUCCACUAAAUAAACCACCAGCUAGAUCUCCCAUGACUUUGGUUAAACAGCAAGCAACUAGUGAUGAAGAACUGCCUGAGACUACCUUAAUUGAAGAGAAAGUUCAAGAGACAGAGGCAUGGGCCAGGCCUCUGGUCUACCUUUGGCAGACAAGAGAACCCAAUUUCAGUGCUGAAAAAGAAUACAAUGCAGCUUGUGCGAAAAAGGAACCUCACUGUGCCAUUUGUACUCUUCUCAUGCCAUACUAUAAGCCAGACAAUCAUGAUGAAGAAGGUCCUACUUUCAGGGAAGCAAACUCAGCAGGAACACUGAUGGCAGAAAAUGAAAAGACUAAACCUCUUAUUCCAGAGAUGUGUUUUAUUUAUAGUGAAGAAAACACUGAAAACUAUCCAUCAAAUGCCUUUGUUGAAGAAGAUGGAACAAGUCUUCUGAUAUCCUGUGCAAAGUGUUGCAUACGGGUUCAUGCAAGUUGCUAUGGUGUUCCUUCUCAAGAAAUCCAUAAUGAAUGGUUGUGUUCGCGAUGCAGAAAAGAGGCCUGGACAGCUGAAUGUUGUCUCUGCAAUUUGAGAGGUGGUGCAUUGAAGCAAACUACUGACAAAAAGUGGGCACAUGUAAUAUGUGCAAUUGCCAUCCCAGAAGUCAGAUUUGGUAAUGUCACAGAGCGUACUCCGAUAGACACUAGCAGAAUACCUUUGCAAAGGUUAAAAUUGGUAGUUGUAGAGAGUGAUAAGGUUCCCGCUGAGCCUCCUUUUCUCCAGGCUGAACAACUCCAGCUGCUCCAAAUAAAAGUUGCUCUCCAGACCUUUCACAGCUCUUCUAUUGCCCUUCUCUGGACUUGCUUUAGCACCUCAAUGGCCUUCUUGGAGUGAGGGACGCAAAACUGAACACUUGUAUUUUUUCCUUCAGUGAAAAGAAUAUUGCUUAUAGGGCUUAGUGCUUUUUCAGUUCUUGAUGCCUCCUUCAAUUAUAAAAUGACAUCGAACCACUACAGGUUGUAUUACGCUGUGUAUGCGCUUAUAGUCUCCUGCCAGUACAUGGCUGUUUAGAAACAGAGUACUUGCCUUCCUGAACACUGCUUUUUAAAGUAAAAGAGUUUGUAUAUUUGAGUGGAAUGAAUGUUGUGAAAAAGAAAUUCAGCUGAAUACAAUAAAAAUGAGAGGCAGGGUACUUCAUAACAGCCAUAAGUGUAGUAAUGCUGCAGGUAGUAGACAGUCUUACUGUGAGGGAGGGAAGCACUAUAAUCCUGGUUAGCACAUUAAACCUUAGUUUUCCAAGAUUUCUUUUCUGACAUUAAAUUUGUAAUGAAAUAGCUAGGCUCGUACUAAUUUAAGAGAAGUAGGCAGUUUGACCAUUUUGAAAGUCUCUGUAAUGAUAUAAUGUCAAUCGACCGAUAAAAUGUUGCUUCUUGGGUAAAGAAGCAGGAAAAAAGUCUGCCAUAAAACCACCAGCAGUCUGCUUUUACAUUUUGGCUUUUGUUGCAAAUAAUUUACUGUAUCUGAUGAUUUUACUCCACUGUGUAUCACAGUGAAUACCCUAGCUAAACUAAUUCUUCUGAAUGAUAUUGUGUUAUUCUAUAUUUAAAAAAUAAAUAUAUACAUAUAUUCCAUGGAAUUUCAUGGAUACUUACUUUGUAUUUUCUCUAAAGCCCUCUGUUUUAGAUACUUUUUGUAAAACAUUUCUCUUGUUUCCUGAAACAUGGGGUUCCUACUUCUCUGAAGAGUUUGCUGUCAGUAACCUUGUGUACAUCUGCCACGUCACUCUCAAAUCAAAUGUGAUCUUUAUGGUAGUGUUUGCUUCAUGACUGUUGAUGCUACAGAAUAGCAAUUAAGCUCUCAUACCCACUGAGCACUGGGUACCUUGCCUAGAGGGAACCCCAGGAAUUAUCUGCAAAUUUAUUUUUUUCUUUCUCUAGGAAUGCCUGUUUUUUCUUGUCUAUACUUGGCUCAGCUUCCGUCUUUACCUUUCGUUCCUCUCCAUUAUCAUUUACCCUUUACCUUGAAGUAGACAGUUGAUGCUGUCUGUCUUGCUGUUAAUUUCUGUAAAAGCAUACCAAGUGUUGUACACUUUGAGUUAGCUCCGGGGAUAUGUGAGCAAUUGUUUCAGGCCAGUUUUGCCAUUUGAAAUUAUAGGGACUGUCAGUGCUGCUAUUCAGCAGCCAAAUCCUGUUUUGCAGCUAGCCUAUUUGUUAUUCACCACUCUCUGUCAUUCAGAGCCAGAGAGUUGCCAGAACAAAGGCGGGUUUUGUGCAUUGUUUCUUGAUACUGAGCCUUCAUAAGCAAUAAUUUUUUAAAAAUACAUUUUUGAACCUAUUUUUAUAAUCCAUUUUAUGAUAAAGCAUGGAAUAGCUAAUAGUAAAUGUGGGCUGCCCUACUGUGCUACCUCUUCUUUACGAUAUUUAGGAUGUGUUUUGUUGACUUUUUUUUUUAAAUGAGCAAAACAAAAUGGAAAACAAAUAUAAAGGAAUAGAUUACAUUCUAGCAUACAGCCAUACCAAAACUAGAUAUUACAAUGUAGGAGCAAAUGGUUCUAGUUGUUUUAAACAUUUUUCAUCCUUGUCCUCUCUCUUCCUCCCUCUUGAAAUAGUAAGAAACCCAAAUAAUCAGAAUAUCUGCUGUUUUCAGAGAUCCACAGAGGCAUAGCCAACAUUAUCUUUGAUGUAACAUCUCCAAAAGAAUAUCAAAGGAAAUAAAAAGUCAAUUUUUUUUUUUUUCACAAAUUAAAAAGCAUGUGUGCAAACUUGAACAUAUUGGUAGGCUGUUUUGUAUUGCUUAGCUAGUAUGUGUACUGAUUGCUGUUAAACAGUU